GGCGGAAGUUUAACGGGUACUAGCCUCUGUUUGUGUAGCAUAAACAGCUUCAGUUCAAACAUGCCAGUGUUUGAGGAAUACACUUAAUGUUUUAUUACUCGAGACUACAUUCAGACCAAGGCUAUACUCUUAUCCAGUGGAGAAAUAAUUACCCAAAGUAAACGUUAGCCAAAUUCACAAAGGUUGUUAAAGCACUUUUGAUAUAGUAAUGCUUCCUGCAGCUGCAGUUUUUCACUUCCCCUGGGAAAUCAGCUCAGAUCUGGUGAAAGAUGGAGCCUCUAUCCGGACAUUCGGCAGACUUACAAAUUAUCUGCCGGAGGAAUCCAAAGCCAUUCUUACAUCCCAUCAUGCAUCAGUGCAGUACCAGGUAUCAAUACAGACUACCUUUAUUGAGCCUUUUGAUCCAAUAAUUGGAGCUCAAUACAUUGUACUUGGAGAGAUCGAAAAGUCAGAGGGGGAAGGUGAAGCCAUUGUGCAUGCACGGGUCUUUAAUUGUGUGGACGGCGUCGAUGUUGCACUGCUACAGAAGGCCGUAAAUGAACAGAGGAAAUUUUUUAGGGAAAGAAAUGAUGAGGCUGGUGCACGGUAACAUCGGUUUCCCAACAACCAUAUCACCUGGAGAGAUAAAGUGGGGAAGAUCAGUCUGUGUCUGGGGUCAAAUAAAAUAAAAGCAGAGAUACAAUCAUGGAGAUAAAUCCCUGAUUGUUAAAAUGUUAUUAUAAAAUGAAAGAAAAUGUCAUUAUUAGCACUUCUAUUAGACACACUAAGGUUGUUUAAAGUAAUACAAGAGAAAUACAUAUGCAUAAGAGUUAAUUAGUGGUGUACAGUUUUAGUACUAUUAUUUUUACUUUUUUUUUUUUUUUUUUUUUAGUACCAAAUAAUUUUCUAAAAACGUCACUCAUUAACCGUAUUGGUGUGAUAUUAGAACCAAUGCUGACAUGAUGAUGUCUUAAUGACAUAUAGCUAUUAUACAAAUUUACAUUGGAAGUAGUAACCUUGAAAGUAAUGACUUUUGGUGUAACCCUAGAUUUAACUUCGUCAAGGUAAAAUGAUACUGGGUCAGGUGUAAUUUAAUAUGGGUAGCUUGAAGUACGUCAGAUUUUCAUUUGUGUGUUAGGGAUGGAAAAAUGGAUCCAAAAUAUUGGCAUUUAUGUACAGUUAAUGUAAAAGUCAUAUUUUCCAUGUUUGUGUGCAAUGUUCAGUGUUCAUGUUUGUGUGCAGUGAAUAAACUGUAUAUUAAUUUCAAACCACA